AUGUUGAUCGACGAAGCCCCUGUACUCGACGGGACAAUGGGAAGUCGGCAAGACGUCUCAAUGCUGAACAUUGAUCUGGCAGACGAUAAGCUAGGCUCUAGGACUGACCUUACAGCCUCAAAGGUUAGAAGCACGUUCCUGGUAGCGAACUUGAUAGCCCCUGAUGCCAGUCACCAUAUGGGGCGACUAUCUCCAAAUAGAAGAAAAAUUGUUCGCAACCUAGAGAAGGUGGUAAACAAGUGUAUUGAUUGCAAUUGCAAAGGGGACCAUCCUACUACUGACCUUUUACGCGAGAGGAUCUAUGCAGCACUUGAGGGAGCAGUAUUGAACAUAGAGGUGGAUGAGAUUAUGCGCAGGCAUGUCUCGAAAGCCGAGAACUCCAAAAACGACGACAGACACAAGCUUCCAACAAACAAUGAUAAUUUCAUCCCACCUGCCGCACAAUGCAUUUUUAACGGCAUGAAACGUGGACCGUUCUCACUUGGAACAGUCCUCGGCGCGCAAUCAGAACCACACGGACUAUUUUCAUUCAAAGCAGUUCCAGAGCCGCUAAAAGUAAAAUAUCAAGCCUCCCUAUUCACAAUUGUUGGUUUGCCUCUAGUCCUGCUGGCACAGUCAUCUGCAGUUCAGUAG